AUGAGUUUUGAAUGCAUUUGUGGCGAGAGUUUGCGUUUGAGUUGUAUUUGCAGUGCAUUUGAAACACACAUUACGUUCAAAACACAUUUCACUCAUUAGUGGUGGCAUUGGAUCCCGAGCUCAGCGGCCAUUAUCAUCACCGCAACGGAUCCCACGCUAAAUGUUACCGCGGACUCCAUGUGCGCUCAACUACGCGGUCGUCAUAAUCACACAAUCGGUGGCCAUAUGUCUGUGCGAGCCGUUGAUAGACGCCUCGGGCGACAAACAGCUGAUCCGCGCGCUCGCCGAAGACAAUUGGUUCGGGCGACUGGCCAUCAAUUUGUUGAGCUAUUCAGUGAUUCUCAUCCCAUCGGCGCUCAUCGUCUUUAUGGUGAAGAAUCGGCUGUGCGUUCAGUCAGUGAGCGAUAAUUAUUUGGUGAAACUGUUUGUCUUCGGCAAACAUGACACGAUCCUCGACAACGGGUACCACAACUCGGGAUCAGACUUCAGUGACAGUGAGAAACUACUGCCCAUUACUGUCAACGACACCGCGGAUGGCAAACAGUUGUCACCGAAGUCGUCGUCGGCCUCAUCAUCACCGAUACGGACCAGACGUAUAACACUUCUGUUGUACUGUUUUCUCGGUCUUCAGAUCUCGUACUUGAGUUGGGGUUUACUUCAGGAGAAGAUAAUGACCACUGAGUACGUCAUCCGAAGCGAGUUCUUCGCGGAGGGCCUUCACAACCGGCACUUCACGGCAGUGGCCGAGCGCUUGGCUCCCGUUCCCGCACCCGAAGUGUAG